AUGCCAGGCCUUUGGAGAUAUGUGGACGAGUGCGCCGAGGCCAUUGACAACUGCAGCAUUGACGCCAUCUGCCAGAACACCCUCAAGUCCUACAAAUGCAUCUGCAAGUCCGGCUACAAAGGAGAUGGGAAACAUUGUGAAGAUGUGGAUGAGUGUGCCACUGAGUAUAAUGGAGGCUGUGUUCACGAGUGCAUCAACAUCCCUGGCAACUACAGGUGCACGUGUUACGACGGCUUUCGGCUGGCGCACGACGGCCACAACUGUCUGGAUGUGGACGAGUGCUCGGAGGGGAACGGCGGCUGUCAGCAGAUCUGUGUGAACAUGAUGGGCAGUUAUGAGUGUCGCUGUCGAGAGGGAUUCCUCCUGAGCGACAACCAGCACACCUGCAUCCAGAGGCCCAAAGACGGCUCAAAGGAGGGUCCCACCUGCAUGGACAAGAACCACGGCUGCGCGCACAUUUGCCGAGAGUCGCAGAAGGGUGGCAUUUCCUGCGAGUGCCGACCUGGAUUCCAACUGACACGGAACAUGAAGGACUGCAAAUUGACGUGUAACUAUGGAAACGGCGGCUGCCAGCACAUCUGCGAGGAGACGGACCACGGGCCAAAGUGCUCCUGUCACAUGAAGUUUGUCCUGCACAGCGAUGGAAAGACUUGUGUAGGGGAGAGGAGUGUCCCGUCCCAGGCAGCCCCCCAGCUGUUCCCCAAUGAGACGUGUGCGGUGAACAAUGGUGGAUGUGACAGCACGUGUCAUGACUCAGUGACCGGGGUGCGCUGCAGCUGUCCGGUCGGCUUCACUCUGCAGCCGGACCGCAAGACCUGCAAAGACAUUGACGAGUGCCGGCUGAACAACGGCGGGUGUGACCACGUGUGCCGGAACACCGUGGGGAGCUUUGAGUGCAGCUGUAAGAAAGGCUACAAGCUGCUGACCAAUGAGAGGACCUGUCAAGACAUCGACGAGUGUUCGUUCGACCGUGCUUGUGACCACUUCUGUGUGAACUCAGCGGGGAGUUUUCAGUGUCUCUGUAAUAAAGGCUACGUGCUGUACGGCCUGGCGCACUGCGGAGACAUCGACGAAUGCAGCAUUAACCGAGGAGGCUGUAAAUACGGCUGCAUAAACACGCUGGGCAGCUACGAGUGCACCUGUCCUCCUGGAUUCAAACUGCACUGGAACAGAAAGGACUGCAUUGAGUUGGUCAAGUGUCCUCCAGGCCUCAUAGCCCCUAAAGCCACGCUGACCUGCAGUAAAACGGGCAAGAAGGAGAGCUGCUCGCUGACGUGUGCCUCCAAAGCUCACUAUCUUGCAGAGUCUGACAACAGUUACUCUGUGAGCUGUGGAAUCCCCAUCCUCCGCGGGAAGAGCUCUCCGGCCAGACUCAACAGCAGCAGUCAGACCUGCAUAGAGACUCUGGCGCCUCCAGUGAAGCAAACGGCGUCUUUCAAGAUUAAAAAUGCCAAGUGCCACCUGCACCCCAAACUGACGGGGCGGACGGAGGACCGGGGGCGGACGCUAGGACCAGGAGGAGGCCAGCCCUGUAGUAACUGCCUGGUCACAUUUGUCAACCUCAAAUGUGACUCCACCAAGAAGUCCAAAGGCCGGCGGGCUCGAAACUCUCCCAACAAAGAAGUGACGCGCAUCACUCUGGAGCUGGAGGCCGAGGUCAAAGCUGGAGACACCACGGGGAGUUGUAACCUGAGUUGCCUCCGCCAGCGCAUGGAGAAGCAGGUGAAAACGUACAUCAAAGCUCUGAAGAAAUCCAUAAACCAGGAGCGCUUUCUGAUCCGCGUGGCAGGACUGGAGUACGAGGUGGCCCAGAAACUGCCCCAGACUGCCCCCAUCCACGAGCUGUGCGGGCCGGGCUGGGAGCGGGACAGCGGGCGAUGUGUCAGAUGCUCCCCCGGCUCGUACUACCAUGGGGAGCAGGAGCGCUGUGUGUCCUGUCCACCGGGGACCUUCCAGGAGCGGGAGGGGCAGCUGGCCUGUGACCUCUGCCCCGGCAGCGAUGGGCACGGGCCAAUGGGAGCCAAGAACAUCUCGUCCUGUGCAGGCCAGUGUCCCACAGGAUACUUCUCCAGUGAUGGAUUUAAGCCGUGUCAGCCGUGUCCUCCCGGGUCGUACCAGCCGGAUCUGGGCCGGACCCUGUGCUUCCCCUGCGGAGGAGGCCUCAGCACCAAGAGAGAAGGGGCCAGCUCCUUCCACGACUGCGAAGUCAAAGUCCAGUGUUCCCCAGGCCAUUAUUACAACACGACGGUGCACAGGUGCAUACGCUGCCCAGUGGGAACUUAUCAGACCGAAUUCAGACAGAACUACUGCAUCACCUGCCCCGGGAACACCACCACCGACUUUGAUGGGGCCACCAGCGUCUCCCAGUGCAAGAACAGGCAAUGUGGCGGUGAGAUGGGCGAGUUCAUGGGUUACAUUGAGUCACCAAACUAUCCUGGGAAUUACCCGGCCAACGUGGAGUGCACCUGGAAUAUUAACCCCCCGAGCAAACGCAAAAUCCUCAUCGUGGUUCCCGAGAUCUUCCUGCCCUCCGAGGACGAGUGCGGCGACGUGCUGGUGAUGAGGAAAAACUGGUCGGCCACUUCCAUCACCACUUACGAGACGUGCCAGACGUACGAGCGGCCCAUCGCCUUCACGGCGCGCUCCAGACGCCUGUGGAUCAACUUCAAGUCCAACGAAGCCAACAGCGCCCGCGGCUUCCAGAUCCCCUACGUCACCUACGAUGAGGAUUACGAACAGCUCGUAGAGGACAUCGUACGAGAUGGAAGACUCUACGCUUCAGAAAACCAUCAAGAAAUACUGAAGGAUAAAAAACUUAUUAAGACUCUUUUUGACGUGCUGGCUCACCCAAACAACUAUUUUAAGUACACCACUCGGGAGUCCAACGAGAUGCUCCCGCGCUCGUUCAUCCGCCUCAUCAGCAGCAAAGUCUCUGCGUUCCUGCGACCAUACAAGACCCCUACAGGACUCGUCACUCUCACCGCACACACCACAGACAGACAGGAGUUCUCUUCAGCAGCAGACACUAUGCAGAGCCCGGACGGAGCAUUGGUUUUGUACGUUCUCUCUCGGGGCAGCUCUGCGAGGCGGGCUCAGGCGGUUUUUGGCGGAUGUGGACGACGUCACAACGGAAUCAUUGAGAUUGUCGUGGGAAGGAUGACGCGAUGA